GCACUCCAGCCUGUGCGACAGAGCAAGACUCCUUCUCAGAUAACGAUUACGCACUGUCUAGCUGCCUGUCUUCCUCCUUAUACUCUGAGCUCUUUAGAGGAAGUCUCUCAGCUGUGGCUAAGAACCAGUCAAGACCAUGUAUGGAGGCGUCUAAACCAUCCAGAUGCUUGAGCCUGCCAUGACUGACUGAGUGGGUCUGAGCCGGAACCCGAGUAUCCGUGCUCUUUAAAAGUUCUUCAAGAAUGGACUCAUUCAUUAGUUCCUUCCUUAUUCAUAUCUGUUCAUUCAUCUGUUUAUAUAGAAGGGUCAGGGUUGAGAACCCUAAGGUUCAUGGAAGUGAGUCCUCAUCUCUACAAAUAGUAAUAGUAAUAAUAAUCAACUUUAAAAGAAAAUAAAUUUGAGAUUGGAAGGAAACAUUUUCUUACAAAGCUUGAUCUGAGUAUAGAUCAUAUGAGAAGCACAUAGAUUUGUUACAUUUUAACAGAAAUGAAAACACUGCAUAUCAAAAUUAGUUGACAUGACAGCCAAAGCUGUACUCAAAUAUAAAUACUUGGAAAAAAAGUUUGAUGAUUCCUCAAAAAGUUAAACAUAGAGUUAACAUAGGAUUCAGUAAUUAUACCCUUAGAUAUAUACCCAAGAGAACUGAAAACGUAUCUCCACACAAAACCGUGCUAUGAAAGUUCCAACAAGAAGCUAUUCCUGUUUUGUUUUGUCUUUGUUUCUGCAGCAUCUGACACAGAACCUGUCAGAUAACAAAAACUUGACUGCUAUUUAAUGAAUACGGGCAUGGAUGGAUGAAUUGGCGCUGUCGUUUUCCCUGACGUGUCUCCUUCCUAAGAACAGAGUGUCUCUGUCUCCAGCCCAGCCUCUGUCAUUCCAGCACCUUAAAGCUCCAGCUACACUCACCUGCGAGGAUAAGAAGCAGCAGAGCCUGGGACAGCCACAUGGUACUGUCUCCUCUCCUCUCCUCAGUGAUCACAGGUGUCUGGUGCCCUUCAGACACUUGAAUCCAAGCUCGGAAGUCAAUGCUGCAAACCUACCCGAAUCUCCUUCAAGUUUCUUGCUCACUUCCUAUUAUGUCUGUAGCUACUUCUCUUUUUACAUAUUUGGAGAAAAGAGGUGUCAUUCUUUGCUAUGGUGCAGUGUGUGUUGCAAGGUGUGUCCAAACUUUUGUGCAUGUAGGAAAGAAAAUGGGUCCAGGCCUGGUCAGGUUUGCACGGCAGUGCAUGUGGGAGCUAAGGAGCAGGAGGAGCCAGGAGAAACCCAGACAUUGAGGAGCUGUGGGAUCUACUGCCAGGAGGAGAGGACAGACAAGGCUGGCCAUGAGGAGUGCGGGGAGAGGAGCAGUUUGGGAAGCCCACAGUGCACAGGACUCACACCCAGCCUUGCUGGAGAAGGCCCAUGCCGGCUCCUUCCAGGCAGCCCCACUGUAGGACAUCUCAUUGCCUCUUCCUGCUCUGGGCUGUCUGACCCACUGCCCCUACCCCCAGGACCGCUUCCUCUGGGGUCGUGA